CCGACAGCACCGAUGAGCUCCAGCGUGGCUGCAGCUGCGCCUGCAGCGGGGGCUGCCUCCAGGAAGGAGUCUCCAGGCAGGUGGGGCCUGGGGGAGGACGCAGCAGGCGCGGGCCCGGCGCUCCAGUGCCGCGUGUGCGGCGACAGCAGCAGCGGGAAGCACUACGGCAUCUACGCCUGCAACGGCUGCAGCGGCUUCUUCAAGCGCAGCGUGCGGCGGAGGCUCAUCUACAGGUGCCAGGUGGGGGCGGGGAUGUGCCCUGUGGACAAGGCCCAUCGCAAUCAGUGCCAGGCCUGCCGGCUGAAGAAGUGCCUGCAGGCGGGCAUGAACCAGGACGCUGUGCAGAACGAGCGCCAGCCCCGGAGCACAGCCCAGGUCCAUCUGGACAGCAUGGAGUCGGACACUGAGCCCCGGCCCCAGCCCCUGGUGGCUCCCCCGGCCCCAGCAGGGCCCAGUCCACGGGGCCCCACGCCCGUGUCUGCCGCCAGGGCCCUAGGCCACCACUUCAUGGCCAGCCUUAUAACAGCUGAAACCUGUGCUAAGCUGGAGCCAGAGGACGCUGAUGAAAAUAUCGACGUCACCAGCAACGACCCCGAGUUCCCCUCAUCUCCAUACUCCUCUUCCUCCCCCUGCGGCCUGGACAGCAUCCACGAGACCUCGGCUCGCCUGCUGUUCACGGCUGUCAAGUGGGCCAAGAACCUGCCCGUGUUCUCCAGCCUGCCCUUCCGGGAUCAGGUGAUUCUGCUGGAAGAGGCGUGGAGUGAGCUCUUCCUCCUGGCGGCCAUACAGUGGUCCCUGCCUCUGGACGGCUGUCCCCUGCUGCCCCCGCCCGAGGCCUCCGCUGCCGGCGGCGCGCAGGGCCGGCUCCCGCUGGCCAGCAUGGAGACGCGCGUCCUGCGGGAAACCAUCUCUCGGUUCCGGGCGCUGGCGGUGGACCCCACGGAGUUCGCCUGCAUGAAGGCCCUGGUCCUCUUCAAGCCAGAAACGCGGGGCCUGAAGGAUCCGGAGCACGUGGAGGCCUUGCAGGACCAGUCCCAGGUGAUGCUGAGCCAGCACAGCAAGGCCCACCACCCCAGCCAGCCCGUGAGGUUUGGGAAAUUGCUCCUACUCCUCCCGUCUUUGAGGUUUAUCACUUCUGAACGCAUCGAGUUCCUCUUUUUCCGCAAGACCAUAGGGAACACUCCAAUGGAGAAGCUCCUUUGUGAUAUGUUCAAAAACUAGCAGGGGUGGAGGUAACAUGUUUACACAUGUUCUGGAAAACAGUCCACUGAAGCUAGACAUGUGCUUGCCCUUUGACCCAGCAAUUUCAUUUGUAGGUAUGUGUACCUAGCAGAGAUUUCCAUCAAAAGAUACUAUGAGAAAAUUCAUAGCAGUUUUAUUCACAAUGGCCCCAAACUGUACAUCAAUGGUAGAAUGGAUUAAUAAAUAUUCAUAUAAUGAAAAACAGCAAUAAAAAAGAAUGAAUUAUUGAUACAUGGGUCAACACGGAUAAAUUUAACAGACAUAAAAGUUGAAUGAAAGGAGCCAGGCACAAGUUCCAUUUAUAGUCCAGGGGUACUCAAACUUUUUAAAUAGGGGACCGGUUCACUGUCCCUCAGACCAUUGGAGGGCCAGACUAUAGUUUAAAAAAAACUAUGAACAAAUUCUUAUGCACACUGCACAUAUCUUAUUUUGAAGUACAAAAACAAACGGGUAAAAACACCCGUACGUGGCCCGUGGGCUGUAGUUUGAGGAUGCCUGAUUUAUACAAAGUUCAAGAACUGGCAAGACCAACUGAUAGUGAUAGAAGUUGGAGUAGUGGUUAUCUUUGGGUGCGGUGGAGCGAAGGCCAGGGGAUUGAUUGGGAAGGGGCCCAAGAUAGCCUUUGGGUGUACUAGAAAUGUUCUGUAUUUUGAUCUGGGUGGUGGUUUUACAAUUGUAUUCAUACAUAAAAAUUCAUGGAGCUGUGCACCUAAGACUUGUGCACUUUACUGCAUUUUGUUAGACCUCAAUAAAAAAGUAAACAAAACAAAACAAUAAAAACUUCAGAGAAAUAAAUGUGGUCAAGGCUCUCCCUUUGAGGACACUGAGGGAAUGAGAACUAGGUCUUUGAGUUCCAUCUGGUUUCCCCACCAAGUCAGAGUACACCUUCCAACUCAACAUAAGGCAGCUAUAGGCACUUUUUGUGAGCUCUCCUUUACUUCUUAAUUCCUUAUAGAAAGAUGAAGUGUGAACAAACCUCAUUCUUUUCGAGGACCCAGAAGAUCUAGAAAAUAAUAAUUUAAAAAAGUUAACAUGUAUCAGACAAUGUAUAUAGCAGGCCGUGAGCUGAGUAAAUGCAUUGUUAUUUAGGCCUCAGAUUAACUCCGAAGGAGGGAUCAAUUCUCUCCAUUUAUGAAGAAACCGAGACUUAGAGAGGACUCAAACCUUAGUGUGACCCUACUUAGUGCUGCUUAACUCUGGCACCGCCUCCUCCCCAAACCCUUCAUCCUUGGAAUCAGCUCAACAAAGAAGUAUUUGAAAUAAAUAAGGAAAAGAUUAUGUGAGAAAACAGAGAAAUCCUAGGGGUUCCCUGCCCUAUGGCCUGUCUAAACUCCCCUAGCUGACAGAUCCUGUCUGCUCUGGAAAUGACAACAGCUAGGCUGGCUCACAGAGAGGAACGAAUAUGGCAAAUACUGCUUAAUUAAGCCCUUCUUACGUAAGUAUUCAAACUACUUGAGAUUCUCCAUCUCCUAAAAGCAUCAGACUGGCCUGUUAUCCGGGACAUCCAAGGUCUAUAAUGCCAUUAUACUCUCCAAUUCCCUAUCAAAAGUUUUAUCCAUAAGAGUUAAGGGCUGAGCAAAGGCCCCUUAGCAAGAAACAUGGUUGACAUAUGACCACGUAAGCCCUGCACAGUCUGGCUUUUGAGGACAUGGUCAGACUGCAAAGGUUACCUGCUGAAAUUCACAGGCUACUGUCUAGGAUGUGUGAACACAGCAAGUCUACAUUGGGAAAGAGAUUUGGGGCCUCUCCAGGAGGAAGUUGUGGAGAAGUAGAGUAGGUCCAUAAACUGGAUUGUCUGCUGUCAACCUGACAUCAAUUACUACCCCUCUUCUAAGACUUUUCUUCAUUGCAGAGAAGCCAGGAACUACAUUUCCCAGAAUCCUGUUCCUCUAUGAUUUGGUAAUGGAGGACACUUAUGUGACCUUUGGAAGGUCAAAACAGGAGAAGCCAUUUUUUCUUUUGAGAUAUUGUAGCUAGAUCUGUGGGAAGAUGGGAGAUUUAAUAGCAGCCUCUUCUUCAGAAUUGCAUUAGCUUCCAGGCAAACUCUUGAGAACUUUGAAACAUUUAGCUGAGAUCUGGGUUGACUUUCUUUUUUGUUUGUUUAUUUGUUGUUGUUUUUUUUUAUUUCGGCACAUUAUGAGGGUACAGAUUUGAAGGUUACAAUAAAUGCCGAUUCUCCCCUCCCCCCACAAGUCUGAGUUUCCAGCAUGACCAUCCCCCAGAUGGUGCACAU